AUGCCUUCAACAGCUGUCAAGGAUAAAUUCUUCCACUUUGUCCUGACAGCUGUCACGACAGCAUUCUUCACCAUGACCGCUUUGUUCGGCGCAUACUCGACGUCGGCCACCUCGAUCUCUCUGGUCGUGAAGAGGUUCAGCUCAGCGAUCGCCGUUUUGAGAAUCUUACAAAGCUUGACCUCUGCCUCAACCUCGUUUCUCCUCAACUAUACCCUCGAAGUCAUCCAGUGGACCUUGUGCAGUCGAAGAGAUGGACUGCGCCUUCUGAGCUUUCUUAGCAUUUCCCCAACUACCGGCUUUCCUGGCUCAUCCUCAUGGCAAGUUCUUGGGUCGCUGGAAUCGUCUUAUUCAGUUUGUCAUCCUCGGCGCAUAUCUCCCAUUGUCCAUUUCGCUCACGUCGACCGUCUAGUCAAAACCAAAGUCGCGACAGUUUACGAUCCUUACUACACAUUCAGUGCUACGGCUGGCGUGGGGCUGUUCAACGGAUCGUUGGCGAGGCAGAUGAUAAGUACUUUUCACGGGACCAUCACAUAUCAGGUCCUGGCCUACUCAUACAACUUUGUCACCAAUACCCAAUUCUCCGUCAGGUCGCCGCCCGUGGCAUGCUCCGGACACUGCGACUCGUACAUCUUUCCAGGCGCACUUUGGUCACUGCAACCUCCAUUCCCGAGGGAUGCACCACUUGACGCCGUCGUCAAUAUUGGCGUAUCACCCGCGAUACAAUUGGACUUUAUGCGCGGUCUUGGUAUCGGUGACACAUUUUCCCCCCAGGACUGCACCGUUUACCAUGAGAAUGGGGUCCGAUAUGGCUUGAUGGUGUGUUUGGCAAAGAGCAAGCUGCACCCUGAGUCAACUAUUGCUGGUUUGUUUUUAUGCUCCGAGGUUCGUGAGGGAAGUUGUAUCACGUCUCGCGUUCCAUUCAGUCUCACUACAACCCUGACGGUGUACGGUCUCAGCACUUCGACCGCUUGUUCCAGGGGGAAUAACAGCAUCCUAUCUAUCGCUGAUGUCGGGAAACCGGCUGUGCACGAGGUCGACGUCGGCGCACUGGGCUCAGCGCUGGAUUGGCUUCUGAACUCCACCGCACAGGGGCUGCCACCGGCGUCCUCUCUCAUUUUCUUGUUCUCGAAUGCGGCACCAGGGGCAAACUACGAUGAGUGGUCCAUCAUCACGUAUCCGUCGCUGGAGAGCAUCCUCGCCUUCCCGAUCUGGCAGUUCAGCGUCAAAGGGGGUGGUUCCACGGCAGAAUCACUUCCGCCCGAGUUCCACACCUCUGCUUCCCUGUCCAACCCCCUCGACAAGAUCGUACUCAACCAAGCGGCCUUUCUCGUCUACCUUGUCCUCCAGACGACCGUGGUUGCCUUUCUCUGGGUGGUUUUGCUCUGGCGCUGCCUCUGGAAGUCCAGCACUCCCCAAUUGUCGGCAUAUCCCUUGAUCGACUUUUCCGCCAAACUGGACACUCAAUACAAGAUUGGAGAGUUUCGUCCAACGUGUGACCUGAAGAAGGAAGUCGCGACCGACGCGGAGAGCAAGGAAGUCAUUGACGCUUUGGUCGAGGUGAUGGUACUCGAUCGAGCUUUGGGCGAAGAGAAGCUUCUGCGAAAUCGGAUUUUGAUGAUGUAG